UAAAGAUGUGUCAAAACCGAAAGUAAAUGUGGCUUAGACGCAUUUUCUCAAUUUAGGAAAAGGUCAGAGAAAGGCUCCAGCAACAACUGAUGUGAUGGAAGGAAAGGAGGAGAGUCCUGAAGAGGAUCUUAGAGAUAGGUCAACAUCUUCAGAACUCAGCUGUGUGUCUAUGAAGUCUGAUAUGUCUAUAUUGGCUCCCCCUAAAUUUAGUGAUGAAACAGUGACUGGCAAACAAAGGAGGCACAUUUCUACACCCCCAUCUCCAGAACCCAGUUAUGUAUCUGUGAAGUCUAUAUCAACCCCUCCUACAUUCAGUGCGGCCCUUGACCUCAGUGUGCAGAAGAGUGAUCUGAUCCAGUUUCACUCCGAAUUAUGUGGCGUAUGUAAUCAGGUUCUAAGAGCUCCGGUGUCUAUCAACUGCGGACACAGUUUCUGCAGCCAGUGCAUCAACUUACACUGGAAACAAUCAAGUGAUUCACAAGACUUUGGCUGUCCCCAGUGCAGAAAGAGAUCCAGAACACAUCCCUUACUAAAUCCCAGUGAUCAAGGGUCUAGUUCUGCUGGUCUUGAAGCUGUUGUUGAGGUCAUAAAGAAACACAAAAUCAGCAUGAAGCGCAAGUAUGAGAGCUUAUUUGAGGGAAUCAAGCUACAAGAUAAUCAAACCCUCCUGAGACGACUCUACACACAUCUGCACAUCAUAGAGGGAGAAAGUACAGGAGUGAAUGAAGAACAUGAGGUUUUACACAUGGAGAAAAAAGACAAGACAUUUCAAGGCACUGCAAUUAUCUGCAAUGACAUAUUUAAACCUUCAAAUGAAGUGAGAUGUAGGGACAAGGAAAAGAUUAGGAAAAGCAUAAAGACUGUUGUUACUAAAGGCAUCGCUGGAAUUGGAAAAAGUGUCUCAGUUCAGAAGUUCAUUCUUGACUGGGCUGAAGGAAAAGCAAACCAGGAUGUAGAUUUCAUGUUUGUACUUCCAUUUCGAGAGCUGAACUUAAUUAAAGAUGAACAUUACAGUCUUCACAAACUUCUGCUGAACUUUCAUCCUGAACUGAAAGGUCUGGACUUUAAGAUAUAUGAACAAUGUAAAGUUGUGUUCAUCUUUGAUGGUCUGGAUGAAAGCAGAAUUGCACUGGACUUUUCAGACGGUGAUAAAGUUUCAGAUCUGACUGAGACAGUGGGUUCAAUGGGUUUGUUAUUCUCAAACCUUAUCAAAGGAAAUCUGCUUCCCUCAGCUCACAUCUGGAUCACCUCCAGGCCAGCAGCAUCCGGUCAGAUUCCCUCUGAAUAUAUUGACAGUGUGACAGAAAUCCAAGGAUUCAAUGACGCUCAGAAGGACGAGUAUUUCAGGAAGAGAAUCGGCAACGAGCAUCACGCCAGAAGAAUCAUCGCACACAUUAGAAGAGUGAGAAGCCUGCACAUCAUGUGUCACAUCCCAGUCUUCUGUUCGAUAUCAUCCACCGUGCUUCAGGAAUUCCUGAAACAAGAUGAAAGUGCAGAAAUCCCUAAAACGCUCACUGAAAUGUACAUAAACUUCCUGCUCAUUCAGAUCAAUUUGAGGAACCAGAAGUUUGAGGAGAGAGAAUCAGAGAAACUCCUGAAGUCUAACAGAGAAGUGAUCUUAAAACUGUCUGAACUGGCUUAUAAACAGCUGAUGAAGGGUAAUGUGAUGUUUUAUGAGGAAGACCUGAGAGAGUGUGGGAUAGACAUCACUGAGGCCUCCGUGUAUUCUGGGAUUUGCACUGAGGUUUUUAAGGAGGAAUCUGUGAUUCAAGAGAGGAAAAUCUACUGCUUCAUACAUCUGAGCUUUCAGGAGUUUCUAGCAGCCUUCUUUGUGUUUUACAGUUAUUUACGAAGCACAGUGGAUGCGCUAAAGGUUUUUGAUUUGCUGAAUAAUUUGCAUAGAAGUGUAGUUGAUAAAGCCCUUGAGAGUGAAGUUGGACACCUGGAUCUUUUUCUUCGUUUCCUGCUUGGAAUUUCACUGGAGUCCAAUCAGAAACUCCUGCAGGAUCUGCUUACAUCCACAGAGAAGAGCUCAGAGAGUAUCAAGAAAACUAUUGCUUACAUUAAUGACAAGAUUAAAUAUGACCAAGGUCUCUCAGCUGACAGAUCCAUUAAUUUGUUCCUUUGUCUGCUUGAACUGAAUGAUCAGACCCUCAACAGAGAGAUUCAGGAGUUUCUGACCUCAGAGAAACACUCAAAUAAACUCUCUUCAGCUCAAUGCUCAGCUAUAGCCUGCAUACUUCAAAUGUCAGAGGAGGUACUGGACGAGCUGGACUUCAAAAAAUACAACACAUCAAUGGAGGGCAGAAGGAGACUGUUACCAGCUGUGGUGAACUGCAGAAAAGCUCUGAUUACCUACUGUGAACUUACUGACAAGUGCUGUGAAACUGUGGCGUCAGCAUUACAAUCCCCAGAUUGCCCCCUGAGAGAGCUGGACUUGACCAACAGUGAUCCGCAAGAUUCAGGAGUGAAGUUGCUGUCUGCUGGACUGAAAAAUACAAACUGCAAACUGGAGAUACUGAGGUUAUCUGGCUGUAUGGUGACAGAGAAAGGCUGUUCUUAUCUGGCUUCAGCCCUAAGAUCAAACCCCUCACACCUGAGAGAACUGGACCUGAGCUACAAUUACCCAGGAGAUUCAGGAGCGAAGCUGCUCUCUGAUCUACUGAAGGAUCCCAACUAUAAGCUAGAGAAUCUCAACAUGGAACAUGGAGAGCCCUCAAGGAUUAGAAGGACCCAGCGGAAAUAUGCCUGUGAUCUCACACUGGAUCCAAACACAGCACAUCCUCGUCUCAUUCUGUCUGAUGGAAACAAAACGGCUACACGUGUAAAAGAGACACAGGCGUAUCCUGAUCAUCCAGACAGAUUUGAGCACUAUGAACAGGUUUUGUGUAAAGAAAGUCUGACUGGACGUUGUUACUGGGAGGCUGAAUGGACUGGGCAGUGGACUCGCAUAUCAGUGUCAUAUAAAGAUAUCAACAGGAGAGGAGGGAGCGAAUGUCUUUUUGGACAAAACGAUAAAUCCUGGAGUAUGUCCUGCACUGGUGAGGUGUUCAACGCCUGGCACAACAGCAAACCCAUUGAUGUACGUGCUCCCUCAGCCCCUACCAAGGCAAUAGGAGUGUAUUUGGACCGGCUGGCCGGGACUCUAUCCUUCUACAGCAUUUCUGGCACAGACACACGUACACACUUACACACGUUUUAUGCUACAUUCACUGAUCCGCUUUAUGCUGGAUUUAGUAUUUUUGACUCUGCAGUGACUUCUGUGUCAGUUGUGAAACUCUUGUAAAAACAGCAGGGUUACUGUAUAGAGACAACUGGAUGAAUAGAAUAGACAUAGAGUAGAAUAGACAUAGAAUUAGAGUAGAAUAGACAUCGGUCUGAGAAAGGUGGCAGCCUCCGAAGUCCGCGAAGAGAACUGAAAUGAGACGGUCUAGCCUUCGGAGGACCAUAAUUUGCGUCACUUGCUAACAUAGACUGUAAAAAAAGAUGGACGACGCCCGUUUGCUCUCUUCCAUUGGUGAAAAGUGAAGCCGUCAGUGUCUUUGUUUGUUUGUUUUAUUUGGCAAUAAAAGUUAAAACAGAUACAAUCAAGCCCAAAAGACCCGUUCAUACACAUCUUAAAAUAAACUGUCGACGAUAAAAUACACAAAAAAGCCUCAGGCUUAUUUCCAUUGUGGUCCUCACAAUGGAAUCGAUACGGCGCUGACAUCUUGGGUCUUGAGUCUGCGCAGUAGCGAUUUCGGGACCAGUCCUGCACAGUAGUGAGCAGGAAGUAAAGCCGCGAAAGCAAGGCUCCGCCCUUGGUCUCGCAGAAUACGCAUAUCACACAAUAUCACAGCUGUCAAUCAUGACCUGACACCACCGUUUUUAUAGCAUUAAAUAACUAACUAAAAACAAACUUAUUUUAAAAAAACAUUUGAAUUUACAUCAGCGUGAUAAAAACUACUAGCCUGGGUGCCAGCCGAUCUUAGCCCCGCCCACAACAUUUUGAAAACGGGACGAUCGGUCUGGGGUUUUUACGUUGAGGAGCUUCGAUGAGAGACCCAAAGCUGGUCGACCAAUCAAAUUGUCAGGGUGGGCUUUAUACGAUGAUGGACAUAUGAUCAACAGUAAUGUAAUCAACCACGUCACCAAAGAGCGCGUGUGUUGAAUCUGUUUACAACUAAAUGGCUGCCGCUGUAGAAUUCAAAUGUGUGGAUUCUGACAUUGAGUCUGUUCUAAAAGAUAUCGUCAGAGCAUUGAUUUUAAAAGAGGAACAAAGAAACACGAUCAAGGCAUUUGUUGAUCGCAAAGAUGUUUUUGCCGUCCUUCCUAUGGGAUUCGUUUCAUUUAUCAGCUAGCUCUGAUGGUGGCUAUGAAGACGGGACAUGAAAACCCUAUUGUCAUUGUUGUUUCUCCUUUGGUCGCACUUAUGGAGGACCAAGUUAAAGAAGCAACUGAAAUGGGUAUCACGGCGAUGCAACUCGGCGUGCAUGACGAGAUGGAUAUAGCGGUCGUUGCCAGCAUAUUUUCGGAAGCCCGGAAUCGUGGCUGCUGAAUAAGUGGAGGGACAUGCUAGGCUCCGAUAUUUUUUGAAGCCAACGUAAUGGGUAUCGUCGUGGAUGAAGUUCACCUAAUGUACAAAUGGUAAGAGAUAGUCUUACUGUAUGACUUAGUAGAUACUUAAUGUUGUGAUAUAAAUGAAAUGUUGUAAACAUAGUAGGUGUUGAUGUACGUUUGCUAACUCAGACUUAGUAUAAGCACAAUGUUAGUGUCAUUGUAGCGAAAUAACUAGCAGUUUGGUCAGGCUGCCAAAGACGCAAUUUCAACAUACUUCAUACACUCUGUUGCUCUGAUUGGUCGUAGGUCUAUCCAAUUGAGUGCAGAGGCAUUUUUUCGGUUGAGACAAAUUCUGACUAGAAUUGAGUAUGACAACGUCUGGCUAAAAAACUACAGUAAAUGACAGAAACCAGCUCCGGAAAAAAGAUAAUGGAAGUGUUAUUAAAGUGUUUAGUUGGUCUCAAGUCCCAUUGAAUAACAUGGGGAGGCGAGGUUUAUGACCUAUACUGGGGGGCGAUCGAGAUGUUUUGGCUUCACUUUUCAGGGCUUGUGCGGCACGCUUGCUUGCUACACGUCCCCCCCCCCCCCCCGCGCCUGUCAACAGGACAAGGCGGAGAUGUUUCUAACUUAUUAGAAUAAAUAUGGAACCAGAAAAAGAUUAAUUUAUUUGAAAAAUAUGACACGUUGAUGUAGAUUAAACUAACCAACAGUAUAUCAAAUUAAUCAACCUUAGAAAUAUAUGCAACAUACACAGAAUAAUAUUAACACAAAACAUAACUUCUAAUACUAAAAAAGUGACAAGAAAAAUGUUUUUGCUAAAUACACACUUUUAUUUAAUAAAGGUUUUAAUUGUUUAUUUUAGAAUAUCCAGCUGUUAUAUUUAGCCGUUACAGGCAUGCAAUGAAUCUUCGGAUAGCCUAUAUAUAUAUAUAUAUGUUUAUAUGUGUAUGUAUGUAUGUAUUAUAAUAUAUUUAUUAUUUAUUUUUAAUUCAAUUUGUACAUUCAAUAGAGUUGCUACAUUCUUAUUUUUAAAUAAAUUUUGAUCAAAAACUCAAUACUUAAUAUACUAUAAUAUAAAAUGUUAUAUUGUUAUGUUGUUCUCUUUUUCAUUUCUGUGGUUAUGUCCUAGCACACUGCAGAUGGCUGAAGCCUUAAUUUCCUGUUAGUUCAGGGUACCAGCGCUAUCUCAUGGCAAUUCGUAUGUAUUUUACGAGGUGGCUAAUUCUAACAAUUCGUACGACCACAUUUGUACAUUUUUGUACGAUUUGCUUUUGCCCCUGUGACGUUGGGGUUAGGAACGGGGUUAGGGUUUCAUUGUCAUGACACAGGUGGAGUGACAGGACGCAAACGCAGAGUUCAAAAUAUAAAUAACAUUUAAUGAUAAAACUGGAAAUAAUAACACGAGGAGUAAAAUGACGAACAGGUAGCAAACACAGGAACAUCCAAAAUGUGACACGGGGAACAGACAGGGUAGUAAUGACAAUGAUCCAGCAGUGAGCAAACAGAAGACAGAGGUAUAUAUACACACACAGACUAAAUGACAAACAGGUGUGAUGAGGCAGGUAAUUAAUCAAUGAAUGUCCAGGUGAUAACAAUCGGAACAGAAACAAGACAUGACACGGAUUAACCGUGACAUUCAUUUUUGUAGCCAACUCGCAAAAUGCGUACAAAUUCUCAUGAGAUAAGGCUGCCUUAUUUUGAGUAAGGAAAAUUUGAGUUUGAUUGACUUUGUCCUCUCUCACUGUCUUUGCUUUUCUGAAAUUGUUUAUUGGCAUGUGAAAAAUUAAGCGUUUAACAGCCUGUGGUGUAAUAUUAGUUUUAACCAAUUAGUUUUGAAAUAAAUAGUCUGAUUAUUUAAACUUUUCAUGCUUGGAUUAUUAAAAUAUAUGAAUAACGUGCAUUCAAAUAUUGCUUGGAACUUACCUUGGAAAUGGAAUACAAAUGCAUUUAUAUUGCUUUACUUUUCAUAAUUGUGAAAAUUUAGUUUUAACAUCCCUUAUGUGAGCAAAGACACACAACAGUAGUCAGGCAUUUUGAAAGAUGAUGGCAGGUCCAAUUUUAUGAAAUAUACCUGCAUAUAGAUGUACAUUUCACACAUGCUACCCACCUAACAUUGUAGACCAGAUAUACCCCUUUACUACAGAAUAAUGCACCUUGCCACACUGCAUACCGUACAUCAGGACUAGUUUGAGGAACAUGACUUGCCCUGGCCCCCAAAUUCCUCAAAUCCCAUCCAAUUGAGCAUAGGGCUGUCACGAUGAUUAAAUAAUCGUCUAAUCGUGAUUGUUUGACCUCAUCGCCAUGAUUUUAGAUCACCACAAUGAUUGCACUUUUCUUUAAAAAGCAUAAGGGGGAGCUGCAGCGCCUGUAUAAACGAAACAGUAUCAGAUGGUGCUCCUUAACUGACAGUGUAACGCGGUACAUUGCAAAGCCAUUAAAUACAGUGCAAAACAGAGCAUUUAAAUAAACGCUGCAAAACUUUGUUA